CUUUCCGGGACAAACGAAACGACCUCCAUUCAUCCUUCAUUCAUAUAAUUUAGAUAAAAAUACUAACUUCUAGUUUCAUUUUCAUCAUCAACAUAUAUUAAUAUAGCACAAAACCAUACUAAUAUCCACUGCAGUGUAAUUAUAUUAUAAAUUAACUUAUAAUUAUCUAAUUUUUAAUACAAAAUGGCAUUAAAAUCUUCACCGGUGGUGUUUGACUUAGUUACUCGUUUAACACGCCGUUGUUUCUCCACUUCUAAAGCUGUAUCAUCAAAACUUGUGACUGUACGUGAUGCCUUGAAUCAGGCCAUCGACGAGGAGAUGGAGCGUGAUGAGAAGGUGUUCGUCAUGGGUGAGGAAGUGGCACAAUACGACGGUGCUUACAAAGUUACUAGGGGCCUUUGGAAAAAAUAUGGCGACAAAAGAGUAAUAGAUACACCCAUCACUGAGGCAGGAUUCGCUGGUAUCGCUGUGGGAGCAGCGUUCGCAGGCCUCAAGCCCAUCUGUGAAUUUAUGACCUUCAAUUUCUCUAUGCAGGCGAUAGACCAUAUAAUAAACUCGGCUGCAAAGACAUUCUACAUGUCAGCAGGCACCGUACCGGUACCAAUAGUGUUCCGAGGACCCAACGGUGCAGCCGCCGGUGUGGCCGCCCAGCACUCGCAGUGCUUCGGUGCCUGGUUCAUGCACUGUCCUGGCUUGAAAGUAGUCAUGCCGUACUCCGCAGAGGAUGCUAAAGGUCUACUUAAAGCAGCCAUCAGAGAUCCAGACCCCGUGGUGGUGUUGGAGAAUGAAAUGCUGUACGGCGUGCCAUUCCCGAUGUCCGAUGAGGCACUCUCAAAAGACUUCGUAUUACCUAUAGGCAAGGCAAAGAUCGAGCGAGCCGGCGAUCACGUGACGGUGGUAUGUGCUGGUCGUACUACAGAAACUGCGUUGCAAGCCGCCAACGAACUCGCUGGUAAAGGCAUCGAGUGUGAAGUCAUCAACCUACGGUCCCUAAGGCCACUGGAUUUCGACACCAUUGCGGAAUCCGUCAGGAAGACCCACCACCUCAUCACCGUCGAGCAGGGCUGGCCCAAUUGCGGCGUGGGCGCGGAGAUCUGCGCGCGCGUGAUGGAGUCCGCGUCGUUCUUCGAGCUGGACGCGCCGGCGUGGCGCGUGACGGGCGCCGACGUGCCCAUGCCCUACGCCGCCGCGCUCGAGGCGCGCGCCCUGCCCGCGCCCCACCACGUGGUCGCGGCCGCAGCGGCAGUGCUCGGCAACAGAAUCAGUGAGGCGGUGAACUAGCAACUCAACAGCAUCUCUAGUGGUGCACCCAAGUGAAAGAGAUUGUACAUAAUUCCACUAUAUUUAUUUGUUGUUAUUUCUCUGAGGACUUGUUAUUAUCAUGUGAUAUUUAUAUAAGAAUAUGCGUGAGACUUGAUUUAUACAUUAUGUUAAAAUAAA